AUGCAUGAGCGGCUGUACAGCCCCUCUUCCACCGCAACUGUGGUGUAUCAUGGCCUCAUGGUGACUCUCAUGGUGACGAACGUGUUCUGGGGCUUCUGGGGCUUCGUCGGCUUCAUUGUGCCUUGGUUCAUCCCUAUGGGUCCUAACCUGGGAGUCAUCAUCAGCAUAUUGGUGACCCGUUCAGUUUGCUGCUCUCUCUUUUGGCUGAUUGCAAUUUUGGCCCUGCUCAACCCUCUCUUUGGACCACAGUUAAAAGAUGAGACCAUCUGGUAUUUGAAAUAUCGUUGGCCUUGA